AUGUUGCUCUGCAUUUAUGAUAUUAUCUACAUAUUCCAACGCUUCCUUGUAAUUUCGCACUACCCCCAUCCCCCCCUCGCCUCUCUCUUCCUGGUUCCAGGUUCCCCCUCCGAUAGGACCCCCCCCCUCCCCCCACAAGGUCCUGCUCCCUCAGGUGUGUCUCAGGUAGACCCACCCCCCUUGGUUGAGCCUUUGGAGGUCACCUCUGACACCUCUGGCCCAGCUGAGGGGACUCUGGUGCUGCUGGGCGUCGUGGCGCUGGGGGUGUGGACUCUAGGGGUGGUGACACUAGAGGUGCUGGUUAUGGGGUUUCUAAGACUGGGGGUGCUGGUUCUGGGGAUGCUGAGCGUCCUAGUGGUGGUGGAAUCGCUGGUGCUCCUGCUGGAGGCUCUGGGAGUGGACAGCAGCAGCAGUCUCGUCGUUAGGAGUCUCUCAAGCCACAGCAGCUUCGGCGGUUUCGCUGCGGUGGCGGAGUUGGAGGUACGAGAGGUGCUCGAGGUGCUGAGACUGGAGGUCCUGAUGCUAAGGGUGCUGGAGGCGCUGGAGCUGCAGGUCCUAGUGAUGGAGCUGUAG